CGCAAUGCGCAAACGCCCCGUUCCCGCGCACCGGGAGGCUGGUUGUCAGCUGCUUGCGUCCCCGCCGAUCAUGACGGCGCACUCCUUCGCCCUUCCAGUUAUCGUCUUCACCACGUUCUGGGGCCUCAUCGGCAUUGCCGGGCCCUGGUUCGUGCCGAAAGGACCUAACCGCGGAGUGAUCAUCACCGUGCUGGUGACCACUGCUGUCUGCUGUUACCUCUUCUGGCUCAUUGCCAUCCUGGCUCAGCUGAACCCCCUGUUCGGCCCCCAGCUGAAGAACGAGACCAUCUGGUUCCUCUGUUCUCUGGACGGCCCUGGAGCGACUGUCCCUGAUGACCCCUCAUCCUCAGCCCUCGCCCCCCACACUGUGUCCCCCGGUGCUCCUGCUGCCUCCUAGACAGGACCAUCUUCCCGGCAGUCUAGGUCCUGGGGGAGGUGCCAGGGAAAGCCCUGAGGUUGGAGUCAGGCUGGAGCAGGGACUGAACAGCCCUAAAAUUCCCCUGUUCC